AUGGCGUCUGCUGAUCUGAGAGACGAGCUGCUCUGCUCCAUCUGUCUGAACAUUUAUACAGAUCCUGUAACCCUGAGAUGUGGACACAACUUCUGCCUGGACUGUAUUGGUCAGGUCCUGAAUACACAGGACGGGGCUGGAGGUUAUUCCUGUCCUGAAUGUAGAGAACAGUCCCAGGAGCGGCCGACACUGAAGACCAACACAACUUUGAGAAAUAUAGUGGAGAAUUUCCUGUCUACUCAACCCCAUCAGGAGGAGAUCACCGGGAUCCACUGCACGUACUGUGUGGACUCUCCUGUACCUGCUGUGAGAUCCUGUCUUCACUGUGAGGCCUCUCUGUGUGAUAAACAUGUGAAAGUUCAUAGCAAGGGACCAGAACAUGUCCUGACCGAUCCCACCACCUCCCAGGAGAACAAGAAAUGUUCUGUCCAUAAGAAGAUCCUGGAAUAUUACUGCAUUGAGGACUCUACUUGUAUCUGCGUGUCCUGCAGUUUGGUCGGAGAACAUCGGGGACAUCGGGUGGAGAAGAUGGAUAAGGCCUCUGAGAAGAAGAAACUGAGAAAUGUUCUACAGAAUCUGAUCACAAAGAGAGAGAAGACUGAGGAAAGAGUCCGGAGUCUGGAGGAACGCUGGAGAAAAGCUCAAGAAGAAGCAUCUGGAGAAGCGCAGAGAGUCACUGCCCUGUUUAUAGGCAUCAGGAGACGCCUGGACGACCUGGAGAAGAGGAUCCUGGGUGAGAUCUUCAGGCAGGAGGAGAAGAUGUCACUGUCACUGUCUGAUGUCAUCCACAAGCUAGAAAAAAAAAAGGACGAGUUGUCCAGGAAGAUGAGGGACAUUGAAGACGUGUCUAAUAGGACAGUUCCACUGACUGUCUUACAGGAUCCAGACACAGGUGACUUGUGUGAUGCUGGGGAGGGGGGAGGUGAUGAGGACACAGGGGGACAUGAUACCACACAUGAUGUAGAUGUCAUUACAGGCAUGUUACAUGCAGGUUUCUCUGAUAUAGUGACCUAUCUACAGACCAUCUCGCCCCCAAAACCAAAGAGACCACAGCCCCCCAGGGUCCGAUCUCUGCCCGGUCACACACAAGCUUCACCUGUGUCCGGUCCACAAUAUGGGGGCGAUGGUGCAAUAGUCAGGACUGGAGGUGCCAGGGGGGAGGGGGCGGCUGCAGGAGAGGGAGGGGUCUAUGGGGGGGAGGGGGCGGCUGCAGGAGAGGGAGGGGUCUAUGGGCAGGGUCCUGCAGACAUAUUACUGGAUGUAAACACAGCUUAUAAUAAUCUCCUUAUAUCAGACGACCUGAAAACUGCCUCCUGGACAUAUACAAAGAAGAAUCGUCCAGAACAAGCAGAGAGAUUCCAGGAUUGUUCUCAGGUGAUGAGCAGCGGGAGAUUCUCCUCAGGACGACAUUACUGGGAUGUGGAGAUCAGGAGAUCAGAGGAGUGGAGGGUGGGGAUGUGUUAUCCCAGUAUAGACAGGAGUGGAGAUCGGUCACUUAUUGGAGAUAAUAGCAAGUCCUGGUGUUUAUAUGGAGAACUGUCAUAUAGUUAUCAGUAUUCAGUGAUACAUGACAGUAAAUGGAUCCAGUUACCUCACCAGAUCUCCAGUGAUAGAGUCCGGAUCUGUCUGGAUUACGAGGCCGGGCAGUUGUCCUUUUAUGAGCUGUGUGACCCCAUCAGACACUUACACACCUUCACCACCACCUUCACAGGGCCCCUUCAUGCUCUAUUAUGGGUAUGUGGAGGUUCUAUAAAGUUAUCAGGGGGAGGAGCAGCUGUGAGGAGCCAUCAAUAUAGAGACUGGUGACAUCACAUCCGAUUGGUGGAACAUUCAGCCUAUAGGAUGCUAAAGAUUUUCCAGGCUUAAAAACUAAGGCACUUACAGUAGCGGCAAAGUGGAUGAAAUUUUACCAAAUAUCCAUGGGAUAAGGAAAAAAAUCCACUAACAAUCCAUGUAGAGACUGAGCUGCGAUGUUAUCCCUGCAACAGGACGUUAUGUUGUCAAUUAGACAUGAACGA